CAGAACACGUGCCGCCGUCGGAACCCAAAGCGCCCGGCGCUGCGCAGUCUAUGUGACCUGUUUCCGGCGUGGAAGGAUGUGGCCGCCUCGCAGGUCACUGCGUAACUUGGUUCUGGCUUUGGCGAGGUCGCAGCGAGCUCGGGCACACAGUGGGGAUGAACGUGUCUCCUACACACAGGGCCAAAGCCCGGAGCCCAGGACCCGCGAGUAUUUCUACUACGUGGAUCACCAGGGCCAGCUUUUCCUGGAUGACUCCAAAAUGAAGAACUUUAUCACCUGCUUCAAAGACCUGCAGUUCCUGGUCACUUUCUUCUCCCGUCUGCGACCUAACCACAGCGGGCGCUACGAGGCCUCCUUCCCCUUCCUGUCGCUGUGCGGCCGAGAGCGUAACUUCCUGCGCUGCGAAGACCGGCCCGUGGUCUUCACGCACCUGCUGGCCAGCGACAGCGAGUCGCCUCGGCUCUCCUACUGCGGCGGCGGCGCGGCGCUGGCCGUUCCCUUCGAGCCGGCUCGCCUGCUACCCCUGGCGGCCAACGGGCGCCUGUACCACCCGGCGCCGGCCAGCGCAGGCGGCGUGGGCCUAGUGCGCUCGGCCCUGGCCUUCGAGCUCAGCGCCGGCUUCGAGUAUGGGCCUGGCUCGCCCGUGGUCCCCUCUCACGUGCGCUGGCAGGGUCGCCGCGUCGCCCUAACUAUGGAUCUGGCCCCACUGCUGCCCGCCGCCCCGCCGCCCUGAGCUUCCGGCCGGGGCUGUGGGGGGAGGGUUAGGGCAAACACCGGGCUUUGUAGCACUCGCAGGUUACCCCUCGCUGCCAGCACUGCAGGUCGACCCAGAUUGUCCCCUGUCCCCUGCACGCCGGUGACUGAGUGCGCGUGUGCGCAGAGGUGCGCCUUGGGCCUCGUUAGGUUGGCGCUGUCCAAGGUUCUGGUGCGGCCGUGCUUAUCCUCGGUCCCUACAUGAGUCCUCUUCGCCACCUCUAACUCUUACACCGGCCUUGCAUCCCACGGAUUGGCCUGCGCCGGUCACGUCAGGCUGAGCGGCAGUCGCAAGGCGCGCGUGGGCCGGUGCGCGUGCGCGCCCACCCCCGCCCCCCGCCGCUUCUCCAGUCUUGCAGCCGCAAGCGCCGCGGGGAGUCGCUCGCCGCUGGAGCAGGUGAGGGGGAUCCUGGCCCAAGGUCACCAGGCUUGGGGGUGGGAUCGGGACCCUUCAGGUUCCGACUUUAGCACCAAGGAAAGGUCAGGAGAUGUGGCAGCGGGGAGGGGAUGGAAGCCACGCCCUCUAUGAGCAGGCUCCGACCCACUGGAGGCUGAGGGGGAGGCUAGGGUUUAAAGCGCCUGGUCGCCAGGACUGCAGGACACCAGCUGGGGCUUCGCGCUGCGCAGAGGGAGGACACCCACCCUCUUCCCUCCUGGGUGAGCCCCAGGAGACUGACGCCCCACUCCUGCCUAGGGUUAGGGGUUCAUGUCCUGAUGAAAGGAUUUCUGGGCUCACCUAGUAAGGGGCCCUCAUUCCUGUCAUGGCUGUCUUGCACUGGUGCACAUCUGGGCGACUGCGUGAGCAGCAGCUCUGAUCCCUAAUACACAGACCAAGGCUUCGCUACUGAAGGCUGCCCAGAUGCACCAGGCCGGGAGCCAGGGACCAACCAGUCAUUCAUGCUCCGGGAAAUUAAACCCAGAAGCCUAGCAAACGCCCCGGUUUCUUGGGGCUCCACACGUCCUGAAAUCUCUAGGAACUGCCUUUGCCUGUGCCAAAGUUAUUCCAUUAAAACUUUACUGCUGUG